AAACUGCCUGUGAAGGGCAACUGAAUUCUAACCGUACAAAGAUUUUGAGAACUAAGGACUUGAUCCUCCUGACCUUCAUUGGACAUCUUUUCUGUGUUUAAGAUAAAUUUUUUUCCAAUGGCUCAAAAAUUCAUUCGCCUGUCUAUCUUUUGGAUACUUGUAGCCCUUUUGGCGACUUCAACAAGAGCACAAAGCUCUGCCCUGCCAACAGCAGAGACAACUCUUCCAUCAACAGAGUACCCGACUACUUCACCAAAUCCUACUGCAACAACAGAGGACCUGGCUACUUCACCAAAUCCUACUGCAACAACAGAGGACCUGGCUACUUCACCAAAUCCUACUGCAACAACAGAGGAUCUGGCUACUUCACCAAAUCCUACUGCAACAACAGAGGACCUGGCUACUUCACCAAAUCCUACUGCAACAACAGAGGACCACGCUACUUCACCAAAUCCUACUGCAACAACAGAGGAUCUGGCUACUUCACCAAAUCCUACUGCAACAACAGAGGACCUGGCUACUUCACCAAAUCCUACUGCAACAACAGAGGACCUGGCUACUUCACCAAAUCCUACUGCAACAACAGAGGACCUGGCUACUUCACCAAAUCCUACUGCAACAACAGAGGAUCUGGCUACUUCACCAAAUCCUACUGCAACAACAGAGGACCUGGCUACUUCACCAAAUCCUACUGCAACAACAGAGGACCUGGCUACUUCACCAAAUCCUACUGCAACAACAGAGGACCUGGCUACUUCACCAAAUCCUACUGCAACAACAGAGGAUCACGCUACUUCACCAAAUCCUACUGCAACAACAGAGGACCUGGCUACUUCACCAAAUCCUACUGAAACAACAGAAAACCAGGCUACUUCACCAAAUCCUACUGCAACAACAGAGGACCAGGCUACUUCACCAAAUCCUACUGCAACAACAGAGGACCACGCUACUUCACCAAAUCCUACUGCAACAACAGAGGACCUGGCUACUUCACCAAAUCCUACUGCAACAACAGAGGACCUGGCUACUUCACCAAAUCCUACUGCAACAACAGAGGAUCUGGCUACUUCACCAAAUCCUACUGCAACAACAGAGGAUCUGGCUACUUCACCAAAUCCUACUGCAACAACAGAGGACCUGGCUACUUCACCAAAUCCUACUGCAACAACAGAGGAUCUGGCUACUUCACCAAAUCCUACUGCAACAACAGAGGACCAGGCUACUUCACCAAAUCCUACUGCAACAACAGAGGACCAGGCUACUUCACCAAAUCCUACUGAAACAACAGAGGACCUGGCUACUUCACCAAAUCCUACUGCAACAACAGAGGACCAGGCUACUUCACCAAAUCCUACUGCAACAACAGAGGACCACGCUACUUCACCAAAUCCUACUGCAACAACAGAGGAUCUGGCUACUUCACCAAAUCCUACUGCAACAACAGAGGACCUGGCUACUUCACCAAAUCCUACUGCAACAACAGAGGACCUGACUACUUCACCAAAUCCUACUGCAACAACAGAGGACCACGCUACUUCACCAAAUCCUACUGCAACAACAGAGGACCACGCUACUUCACCAAAUCCUACUGCAACAACAGAGGACCACGCUACUUCACCAAAUCCUACUGCAACAACAGAGGACCUGGCUACUUCACCAAAUCCUACUGCAACAACAGAGGAUCUGGCUACUUCACCAAAUCCUACUGCAACAACAGAGGACCUGACUACUUCACCAAAUCCUACUGCAACAACAGAGGACCACGCUACUUCACCAAAUCCUACUGCAACAACAGAGGAUCUGGCUACUUCACCAAAUCCUACUGCAACAACAGAGGACCAGACUAGUUCACCAAAUCCUACUGCAACAACAGAGGACCACGCUACUUCACCAAAUCCUACUGCAACAACAGAGGACCACGCUACUUCACCAAAUCCUACUGCAACAACAGAGGACCACGCUACUUCACCAAAUCCUACUGCAACAACAGAAAACCAGGCUACUUCACCAAAUCCUACUGCAACAACAGAAGACCACGCUACUUCACCAAAUCCUACUGCAACAACAAUAGACCAGGCUACUUCACCAAAUCCUACUGCAACAACAGAGGACCACGCUACUUCACCAAAUCCUACUGCAACAACAGAGGACCACGCUACUUCACCAAAUCCUACUGCAACAACAGAGGACCACGCUACUUCACCAAAUCCUACUGCAACAACAGAGGACCGGGCUACUUCACCAAAUCCUACUGCAACAACAGAAGACCAUGCUACUUCACCAAAUCCUACUGCAACAACAGAGGAUCACGCUACUUCACCAAAUCCUACUGCAACAACAGAGGACCAGGCUACUUCACCAAAUCCUACUGCAACAACAGAGGACCAGGCUACUUCACCAAAUCCUACUGCAACAACAGAGGACCUGACUACUUCACCAAAUCCUACUGAAACAACAAUAGACCAGGCUACUUCACCAAAUCCUACUGCAACAACAGAGGACCAUGCUACUUCACCAAAUCCUACUGCAACAACAGAAGACCAUGCUACUUCACCAAAUCCUACUGCAACAACAGAGGAUCACGCUACUUCACCAAAUCCUACUGCAACAACAGAGGACCAGGCUACUUCACCAAAUCCUACUGCAACAACAGAGGACCAGACUAGUUCACCAAAUCCUACUGCAACAACAGAGGACCACGCUACUUCACCAAAUCCUACUGCAACAACAGAGGACCAGACUAGUUCACCAAAUCCUACUGCAACAACAGAGGACCAGACUAGUUCACCAAAUCCUACUGCAACAACAGAGGACCAGGCUACUUCACCAAAUCCUACUGCAACAACAGAGGACCACGCUACUUCACCAAAUCCUACUGCAACAACAGAGGACCGGGCUACUUCACCAAAUCCUACUGCAACAACAGAGGACCAGGCUACUUCACCAAAUCCUACUGCAACAACAGAGGACCACGCUACUUCACCAAAUCCUACUGCAACAACAGAGGACCGGGCUACUUCACCAAAUCCUACUGCAACAACAGAGGACCAGGCUACUUCACCAAAUCCUACCUCAACAACAGAAGACCAGGCUACUUCACCAAAUCCUACUGCAACAACAGAGGACCACGCUACUUCAGUUAAUCCAUCUAGUUCAAUAACAGCGGAUUCAACUACUCUAGCAACAGCAGCCCCAACUACUCCUAAAACACCAGUUCCAAGUACUUCGGCCCCUCCAGGUCCCUGUGAUUCAAAUCCAUGUGGUGUUGGAAGCAAAUGUGAACCCCGUGCCGACCACACAUUUGUAUGUAUGUGCCUGGCUGGUGAUUUUUACAAUAAUAUCACCCAGAGAUGUGAAAAUGCCAAAGUUUUCCCUGGACAACUUAAAUUCUCUGAUAAAACAUAUGAGGAAAGCAUGAAUGACUCCAAAUCAGACACAUUUAAAAAAACUGCAGAUGACAUUAUUGCUAAACUGAAAAUUGUCUAUGGAGGUGAUCCCACUUACUCUGGAUCUGUAGUGCUGAAACUCCUGCCAAGCACCACUCGUGUGUCAAGGGCAGCCCCAGGGAUCAUUGCAGUAGUACAGAUCAUCUUCAAAGCCAGUUCUCAAAUAAAAGAAGAUGACGUUAUAAACGAAUUAAACAACAAUAUUUGUGAGAACUGUGUGCUGAGUGGGGCAUCCUUUGAGAGAACAGACCUGUGUGCUGAAAACCCUUGUGAUGCAAAAACUUCAAAAUGCACAUCACAGGAUGGAUCUUACAACUGUACCUGUUUGGAAAAACAUUUUCAAACAGACUUCAGCGACAGAAUGUGCACUGCUUGUCCCAGUGGGUCCAGAUUUAAGGAUAAUACAUGUGUGAAAUGUUCAUUUGGUUAUUCUGGUUUGGAGUGCAGUGAAAACUGGCAGCUCAUUCUGGUAAUUGUGGGCUCUGUUCUUGGGGGACUGCUGCUCAUAGUCUUCAUUCUUCUACCAAUAACUGCUACCAUAUCCUCAAAGAAAAUCUCCAAAACCGGCAAAGAUGGAGAUAUGAAAAACCCAUACAUGAACCAGGUUUUUAAAGGGUUCAGUAACCUGCCAAUUCUUUCCAAUGGCGCGCCCAAACUCCCACGAGCCACCAACUCCACCACCACCAACAGCAUAACCAACCUGGAGAUGACUUCAAACAGUCGACAAAGCCCUUUGUUUGUGGAUAACAGCUCGGUGUUAUACAGUGACCAAAAUAACACAAACCCAUACACUCAGGCUCGACCUCAGAACAACCCCUACGCUGUGAAUCGACCCCAGAUCAAACCACACGCUCAGAGCCGAGGCUACGAUAACCCUUACUACCAGUACGACAGUGAAAGCGACUUCUGUUAGUAAAAACUCACACAGAGUUGACCAUACAAUGGCAAUGACUUGUUUUUGUUCUGUUUUUUUUGGAAUUGUAUUCCAGUUACUGCACACAAGGAAUCUUAAUGAGCGAUCAGGCUUUUCACCAUUUUUUACAGGAAUUGUUUCCUGUGCAUAAACUGUUCUUGACUAUAUCACAUGGAAUUUGAAAAAGUAUUAAUUGCUUUUCCUUUGUUGUUUGGUUUUUUUCCCUGAAAAAUGACUUGUGAAUUAUUUAUUGGACAUGAACCAGAAACCUGGAGAUCCAUCUUAAACUGAUGAGAAGCCGCUUGAUGUUGCUUUCUUUUCCCAAUAAUGCUUCACUUGUUCACUUGACUAUGUUUGAUUCUUGUAAUUAGUGACAACUUGAUAUUUAACUAGUUUUUGUAUUUGUUUAGGGCUCAUUCUAAGCAAGCAAAGACACAGCAAUUUGUGGCUACAAGGUAUUCCAUAUCACUUAAAACAAUUAAUAAAAACACUAUUCCAUUUAUAUUAUUAAGUCACUGUUAAUCCUUCAUAAAGGUCCUUAAAACGUCUUACUACUUAUUGGAUGUUAGAUUCGCCUGUAUAUUUUAUUAUAAUUUGUAAAAAACAAAAAGGCUAAGUACUUGUUGACUCUUUAAUGCUUCAAACAGUUUGAUAAGUAUCUAUUUGUUUUAUUUCUGGCCUUCAUUACUGAAACAUUGUUUUAUUCAACAUAAUAUUAUUAUUUGAAUGUCUUUGAUCACUUUAAUUUUGCAUCACUUUUUGUCACUUGUAUAUUUAUUAUAGUAUGAUAUUUAUUUCAUGGUUAAUUCAUGUUUAUAUUAUAUAGUAGUUAAAUACACAAAACCCCACUUUGAAAUAAAGAGCUUCUAAAUAC